GGAAGUGGAAGCGGUUCAGCAAGGACACAGACUUGCUCGGCUGAAGGUAGAGAAGCGCCCAGCGGAAGUGGUCCUAAGCGCUCCUCUUCUUCUUCUUUUUCUUGUCUUCUCCUGGACAAGCCAGACUUGGGGCCUGGAAAAAGAUCCUACAGGGCUGGGAAAGGUGGUUCCUUUGGUUUGGCAGGAAGAAAGGAAAGGCCUUGUUUUCCCCACUCUACCUUGCUAGAGUGUCUGGGGAUAAGGCCCACUUGCGACACGACGCUAGUCUCGGACCCUGCCGGAUCCUGGCAUGGGACAUGUGCUCCUCUUCUUCCUGGCCUUUGCCUUUGCCCACCCAGAUUUGGUCCACUCCCAGCAGUGCUCUGCAGAAGGAAACCACCUCUUGACCCUCCAGUUCGCCGAUGUGGGUGCUGAUCAGCGUAUCCCUGCUCAACGCCAACCUCCAGGACCUCUGGAUCCCCUCUAUCACCUUGUCCACAAUUACCUGGAUGUGGUCCAACAGAACCCUUUCCCCACAGGUAAGCCUUGGAACAUCAGGCCAGGUUUGCAAAAAGCCAAAAAGAAAGAACAUCGGUCGCUAACACUCCAGGUUUCCUGCUGCCUGGGGACAACAAUCCUUCCUGACUUUUCUCUCCUUCCACGACAGGGGCUUCGGCUGACGGUGGAACAGUUUAGGGUCCCCCAAAGGCAGAUUCUCAGUGACCUGAACAAUAUUAGCUGGAACAUUGGCAGCACCAUUCACUUUCUGCUGAAGGAAACCGUGUCUUCUGCUAUGGCUGCCCUCAAGGGCAGGGUGCAAGACCUAGAGAACUCCGUGCGCCACUUGCAUGCGAUCCACGGGUCUGUCCAGGCCCUGAUCUGGGAGCAGGACGAGCUGGCGUCGGCGCUGAAGGAGCAGAAGCGAAGCCUCACUUCCCUCCUGGAAGAGCCCCAUUGCACGUACUGCAUGGGGGUCCUCAGCAGAGCUCAGGACUUGAAGUUGGGGGCUGACUUCCAAAACGUGCCUUCUGUUGAAAAAGUUUUGAAAAAUUUGCACGGGCUGCCUCAGACGAAUUUCUCUGAAAUGAUUCAGAAAGCCAACAACAGUUUCAAUGCAAUUCCACAAUUUACAGUAAUGAAAAUGGAUAAAGUUGUUCAAGAGCUGAAGAAGGACGUCGAGAGAGUUGCCCAAAAGGUCCACUUGGUUGCAGACGACUUCCCCAUCUCUGACCAGACCCGUCCCAUGAACGAGGCCUUGGCGAAGGCAGAGAAUAUGAGCCGCCCUUUCCUGAAGGAGGUGAAGCCUUUUGAGACCUACAGGUGGAUUGUAGGUACAAUAGCAUGCACAAUUGUCCUGCUGAUUGUCUUCUGUAAUGUUCUGGGCCUUUCCUUUGGCACUUAUGGCUUGGUGGUGCGAGAGGAUCCCAGUGACUACGAGAGCCGGGCUGAAGCUGGAGCCAAAUUUCUCAUCAUUGGUGUCACCUUCAGCUUCCUCUUCUCCUGGAUUCUGAUUCUCUUGGUCUCUGUCACCUUUCUGGUUGGAGGAAACAUCCAAACGUUGGUGUGCAAACCUUGGGCCGAUCAAGAGAUACUCAGAUUCAUCGACACCCCCGGCAACCUCCCACCUUCCAUGAAUGCCUCUCAAUACCUUGGCUUAAAGCAGAAUCUCAACCUCACGUCGGCAUAUCAGCAGUGCAGGAACGGUGCGGGCCUCUGGGAAGUCCUGCAACUGAAGGACCAGUAUAGCCUCGGCGAGCAUCUCAGCGUUGCCAAGGUAACAAGCCUCUCGCUGCAUCCUGGGUUGCCCCCUUUUGCAAAGCGAGGCUCGAUUCGCCUGGGAUCCUUCAGGAGGAUCUUAGGAGACAAAAACACACCGUCAGGCUCAGCUCUACUUCAAUACUUGGCUUCCAGAGGUUCUCCAGAUGUUCCUAUCAAUAUGGGAAGAAAACCACUGGAUCACAGCCUCCUCACCUCUCAAAUCAAGCAAUACGUUAAAUAUACUGCAGGCUGGCCUCCUCUGUUCAAUCAGAUGAAAAUAGUCAGAGAACUUGUUUUGCAGUAUCGGCUGGGGUGGGGCUUGAAUUUUAGUAGACGACAUUUUAUCAAGAGGGGGGAGAAUUCGCACGAGACAACAGGCUUCUCUUUUACAAAAUCUGCUUUUAACUCGGUUUUCCUUUUCCUCCAGGAGUUGGACUGCUUUGCAAGGAAAGAAUUGGGAUAUAUCUCCCAGUACCUGAACUGGAUGAGGACCAUGCUGGCUGAGGAUGUGGCUUCCUGCCAGCCCUUUUCCACUGCUCUGGACAAUGGCCGGGUCAUCUUGUGCAGUCGCAUCCUGGACCCUUGGAAUGCCUUUUGGUUCAGCCUGGGUGGAUGCGCCUUCUUCCUUCUGCCUGGCAUGUUUCUUGCCCUCAAGAUGAUGAAGCAUUUUCGUCCAAUUCGGCACAAAUUAGUUUCUACUGGAUCAGAUGAAACGUUUCCCUUCCACAUCCCACGGGUCACGUCUCUGCGGCUGUAAGGCCUCCCUGACCACCCCUCCGGAUGCCCAGGUGAGGGGACCGACGGCUGCUCCUUCCAGGAAGUGCCCUUUGCUGUGUCUCCCGCAAAAAGGUCCUCCUUCCAGAACUGCAGUAUCGUCAGCGCGUUGAUGGGCAGGACUGUUUCCAGGAGACCUUCACCAAAGGCCCACUCCCAGUGACCCUGGCUGAAAUUAGG